AUGCUCCGCCCAACCUCAACCUCAACCACCACCACCCUCCUCCGCACCCUCCGCACCCUCACAACCAUCACCACAAAACGACACCACUCCUCCGUCUCCGCCAAUGAACUCUCUCACUUCUCCUCCCUCGCCACAUCCUGGUGGGAUCCCCAAGGGCCCUCGCGCGUCCUCCACCUCAUGAACCCCGUUCGCCACGACUUCAUCGCCUCAUGCCUGGCCGAAUCGACCCCGAUAAGCAGCACGACGCCGUCCUCGCCCAUGGACGCCUCCAACACCCACAACAAGAACAACCUCCGGUACCUCGACAUCGGCUGCGGAGGGGGCAUCUUCGCGGACCGCACGCGCGCCGCCUCAAUAACAGCGCUGGACCCCAGCCCCACGCUGAUAAAGAUCGCGCGGGACCACGCGCGCCUCGACCCCUCCGUGCAGGCGCAUCUGGAUAGUGGGCGGUUCAAGUAUGUGAAUGCGUCGUUGGAGGAGUUUAUUCCUACUCUACAGACAGAAGAGAGAAGAUUCGAUAUCGUGACCCUCUUCGAAGUGCUCGAACAUAUCGAUAAUAUCCCCGGGUCUAUCACUCCGCAGAGCUUCCUGUCGAACUGUUUGUCGAUGGUGAAGCCCGGUGGAUGGCUGAUCGGGUCUACGAUUGCGAGGACGUUCCCGUCGUGGUUGGUUAAUCAGGUUGUUGCGGAGGCGCCGUGGCCGAUUGGGGUGGUGCCGAAGGGGACGCAUGAGUGGAAGAAGUUUGUGAAUCCGGGGGAGUUGGAGGGGUGGGUGCAGGAGGGGUUGAUGAGGGGGUUGGAUGGGAGGGCUGCUCGGGGCGGGAGUGAGGCGUUGGAGGGGGCGAAAUGGAGGUGUGAGGGGGUGGUGUAUUUCCCGGGGUUGGGGUGGAAGUUGGUCAAGGGGUCGGAGAGUUGGGGGAAUUAUUUCUGGGCUGUGAGGAAGGGAUUGUAA